UCCUCGUAUUCAAUUCGAUUUUCAAGGAUGCCCGAGAAAAGGUCGAGAAAGCAAAGCAAACGUGACUCUGAUUCAAAAAGGAUUGAUAACGAGAGCAGUCAAGAGCAAUCAGAGGAUGUUUGGUCGAGGCCAAACUGGCCACCACGCUUGGAGAAGAUAUUUGUAGAAUUGCUGAUUGAGGAAAUGAAUUACCAUCUGGACGUCUGUGUCAGUGGAUUUGGUGAGGAGGCAUGGGACCGUGUCUGCAAGGAAUUCAAUGAGGAGACAAGUCUAAAUUAUGAUAAGAUGGAGCUGAAAAAACACCUUGCCAUUUUAAGAAAACGAUAUCGGAUUGUAAAACCUUUAUAUAACCAUGGUGGCUUUGGUUGGGAUUAUCGUCGGAAGAUGGUGGAUGUUGAUGAUGGUAUUUGGGCAGAAUAUAUCCAGGCGUAUCCUGAGAUUAAGCCAUACAGGAAAUGGGGGUGUCCAAUAUAUGAAGAGCUAUGCACCAUAUUUACAAAGCCAAAGGCCACUGGACGGUAUGUCUAUGCAAGUACUGGUCGGUGGAGGGGGUCUGGCAGCAAUGAUCUUCCACGCUCAAGUACUGGGAGUGUGAACAGUUCACAUGGAUGCAACAAGCGCCAAGCAGCAGAGCCUCUGGGUUCAGGUCCCAACAAGAAGCAGCAUCACAAAGGAGCUGAGAAUUCAAAGGGAACUGCAUCAUUUGAAACUGAUGACCCACAUUCUGUAACUCAUUGCAUUACAAUUAUAAACGGCAUGCAAGGUGUUGAUCGCCGUACUUACAAUGCUGCUCUGGAUUUGUUUCAGAACCCAAUCUGGAGAAAAACAUUCGUGUCAUUGAAAAGUGAGAAGCGAUUGACCUGGUUGAAGGCCAUGCUUCCCAGUGUUCCAUGAUGCAAAGGGGUACGUUGGUGGUGGGUGAACAAGUCAAAACAGUUGUGGAUUGUGAUCAUGUCACCCACUGUUUUUGUUAGACUUUUGGACAAUGAAACCCAGGAAUGGAAACACUUGAGCUCUGCAUCAUUCACUAGGAAUAUAGCAUGAAUUUACUACUAUUUCCAUGGGACAUAUGCGAAUGCUUUAUGUAAAAAUGAAUGACUGCUGGUUAUCUAGCAUUUGG